GCUAUUUUUUUCAGUGCCCAAAUUUGGGGUUAGACAUCGCCAAAUACUUCUGUUAUUUUGGAUGGUAACCAUAGCUGUAGGAAUGAGAGUACAUAUGUCAGUUGCUGUUGUCGCCAUGACCGAUCCUAAAGCAUCAUCAAAUCCUGAUAUUCCUGUUUACGACUGGAAAAAUAAAAGUGUUAUUUUGUCGUCUUUCUUUUGGGGUUACAUAUGUUUGCAAUUAUUUGCAGCUGAAUUCGGUAGACGCUAUGGAUCCAAACCUUUCCUUUUAGGAGCCAUGACUAUUAACUCUGCUGCAGUUUGUUUAGUUCCUUUGAUGGCAGAUAAAUUAGGAUCAUACGGAGUAAUGGGUUCUAGAAUGGUACAGGGUAUGUGCCAAGGUUUUGUAUAUCCCUCUGUUAGUAAUUUACUGGGUAGAUGGACUCACAUUUCGGAAAGAUCAAAAUUGGGCAGUCUAACUUUAGCAGGUGCUCCAUUUGGUACUAUAAUUACGCUACCAGUUGUUGGAUUUAUAUCUGCCUCCUCGCUUGGAUGGCCUUUCAGUUUUUAUCUGUAUGGUGGCGUUGGUUUGUUGUGGGUGGGAAUCUUUGCUAUUUUUGGAUACAGCACUCCGGCUCAGUGCAAGAACAUUUCAAAAAAAGAAAAGGCUUACAUUGAAAGUUCAACAAAUAUUAAAGGACAGAAGUUGGAUGUGCCAGUUAAAGCCAUUUUAACAAGUAUACCAUUUUGGGCAUUGUUUCUUGCCCAAGUAGGGCAAAUAUGGGGAUAUAAUACUCUUUUAACCGAAAUUCCCAAUUACAUGAAUAAAGUGAUGAAUUUCGACAUGAAGUCAAAUGGUCUUCUAUCAGCAGCCCCUUAUGCAGCAUGUUUUUUCUUAUCAUUUGUUUUUGGUUAUACCUGCGAUUUUAUAAUAAACAAUAAGUAUGUAUCUAGAACUGCAGCGAGGAAGAUUUUCAAUGGAAUAUCAGGAAUAGGUGCAGGAACAUCUUUGUUUAUCCUGAGUUUUCUACCAGUUGAAGCUAAAACUUUAUCGGUAUUGAUGUUAGUAAGUGCAGUAGGAAUUCAGUCUGCUGCAAUUGGAGGAUAUCAACUAAAUCACAUAGAUCUUUCUCCAAAUUUUGCUGGAUUACUGCAAUCAAUGUGCAACAGUGUUGGUAGCGCCUUAUCUAUUCUGGCUCCUGUAACAGUUCAGUUGGUAGUAAGCGAUGAAACAAACAAAUCGCAAUGGCGAAUUAUCUUCAUAUUAGCAGCAUUGAUGUAUAGUAUCCCAAGUAUAGUAUUUGCUAUUUUUGGAUCUGGUAUACGUCAAAAAUGGGAUGGAUCUGAUGAUGAAGAAAUUGUACAGCAAAAGAUUUCAGAAGCUAGGGCUAAAAAGGUUUCCGUGUGGUCUAUUAUGUCUUUGUAAAUAUUUAUUGGAAUAUAUUUAAUAUUUUUUUUAUAA